UAAAAAUAUUAGAUAAUGCUAAAAAAGUAUGCUAAUGCAUAAUCAAUGUGGGUAGAUCGUUGGUAUUCGUUAGAUUGUAUUAAUUCGUGUGGUCGAUGAUAUUUGUAGGUACUAAAAAAUUUAAUAGAACAAUAUUAUAUUGAAUUCUUGGGGAAUCUGAUAUCUACAGCACGAGUAUAUUGAAGAAACAAUCAAAAUGUCCACAAAAAAAUUGCUAAUAGUGACACCGGAAGAAAGAAACGCUAUUUUGGGGUUGUUCAAUAAAAAUGAAGCUCUAUUAACGGAAGAUGUUGAAAUUCUACAAAAUUGGAUGAAAACCCAGAAACACCUGCCUGAAGUUAUGAGUAAAGAGCUAAUAACAAGAUUUCUCCUGAACAAUAAAUUUAGUAUAGAAAUAUCGAAAGAAAAAAUCGACAUGUACUAUACUAUUAGAAGUCUUAUUCCUGAGUUAUAUGAAAAUUCGAAUCCUAAAUUGCCGGAAAUGCAAAACGUAUUGUUGAAAACGUAUAUCUGCCCAUUACCAAAACUUCUAGACCAUUGUAGAAUAAACAUAGUUAAAUUAAAAAGUGAACUUCUAGAUGAUAACGAAAAAAUAGAUAUAGAUAAAUUCCACAGUGUGUGCUUUAGCUUUUUGGAGUUACGAUGCAUUGAGGGGGAGAUGAGCAUUUCCGAAAUAAACAUUUUUGAUUUAAAAGGCCUUAAAUUGUCACACAUAAGCAAUUUAACCCCAAUGUCUUUUAAACGUAUGGCAACAGUGCUUGAGAAAGUUUGGUCGGACCGCAUUAAAGCUGUACAUUUUGUGAACUAUCCACCUUUUCUAGACAAAAUUUUAGGAAUGUUAAAACUAUUUUUGAAACCAAAAUUGUAUGAUAGGAUACAACUUCAUAAAGACCAAGACUCAAUUAUGAAGUAUUUUGAUAAAAAAAUACUUCCAAAGGAUUAUGGUGGAGACGAGAUGUCCUUGGACGAAAUACAAGAAGGUUGGCUACAAAAGUUCAAAGAAUACCAACCCAAAUUUGAUGCAUUGGAUAAAUUAAGAGUGAAUGAAAAUCUAAGGGAUAGCAAACUCACAAAUGAUGAACUUUUGGGAUUCCAUGGAAAUUUUAAAAAAUUGAGUGUAGACUAA